AUGUCUUUUCCGGGAGGAACAAUUACCUUUGCUAAAGCUGAGGUCAAAAUUUCCUUUCGAAACCUUAUAAUUCAUGACCCCCUUGGGGAAGCAUAUAGAUACUUUCCCAACUAUGAGGAAAUACAUGUAUUCAAUCUGGAUGAAUCCGAGGUGCACUACAUAGAGCUUCUAGACUCUAUGCAUUGGAUAUUGAAUAUUACUCAACUCAUGUGGGCACAUUUGGAAAGCCAAGCAGCAGAACAGUAUGCUGCAGAGAUUUUUAACGACUUUGAUUAG